AUGGACAGCAUUCAUUCCAUUCUCUGCGAAGCAGCUGAUCGUCUCGGUUGUGGAAAUCUACAGAGUUCCUAUGAGUUAAACCUAAAAGCCCUACUGGCUGUCAUUACUGAACUUCAGAAAAUUACCUUUCACCACAACUGCAAAUACGGUCUCUUAUCAAUUGGCUUCUUAGAUACUCUACACUCUCCCGCAGAUAUAUCAUCAGUGUUCAUUAUAGCAAAAACAUGUCUCCAGAACGCAGAAGAUAUUGCAUAUCGUACCAGGCCAAUUUGUGCCCCCGAGAAAGUACUAGUCGAAGAGCCAUUUGAGAUGAAGAAUCCUCCGCCUCUCCCUCCAAAACCUAAAACCAUUCAACAAAAAUCUUAUGUCGAGAAAGCGCCUCCUCUACCUGUGAGACCAAAACAGCCAUCGAACGAAACAAUUCGUGCUCGUUACCAAAAACCAGCCCCACUCUUAAGACUCAGAAGUUUACAACCGGCCGCUAUAACUACUGGUGUAUCUGACGACGAUCGUGGAACUGAUGAUGAUGAAGAUGACGAGGAUUUUGAUCUGGAUCUUGAUGAAGAAUAUGACGAUAUUGCUGUGUACAAAGAAAAGGACCCGAGAACGAGACCGAGGAUCCAAACUUGCAGGCGCUCAUCAACAUCAAAUAUUCCAAUUCCACCUUCUCCCUUAUCUGCUAAUCCACUCACUGCUGUAAAAACAUUCCUCUCUCUCCCUGGCUCCAUGUCAUCUCACUCUGAUGGCUCAAAAAAGACCGCCGGCCUCGUUGCCCCUCCAAUGUCAUCCGAGUCUAGUCGGGCUGCUCAUGAAUAUUAUGAAAUUAUGAUGCUCACUCAGGACGCUAUUGACCCUGGAAAACUUGUUCAUGUCCAGACCAGCAGUGGUGACAGUCUUGGCCAAACAAACACUGCUCAUCCUGUCCGCCUAGUCCCUGCAAUUCCUCAGGCACCAUUGUCUUCUGUAUACAAGGCUCUACAAAAGAAACUCGAUGACCUAGAAAGCACUCUUCGAGAGAUCAAAUUAAAGCCGAAAACAAAAGAUGCAGACAACAAUCGCCCACAUCAACUAGCCAUCACCAUUGCCGACGCCAAGUCUACCCUCAACCGAGUUCACAGUAUACACAUCUCCGCCACCGCUGUGCCGACCAUCCUGCAGUUUCCGCCCGUCCUCAUCGCCUACCAAUUGACGCUCAUAGACUCGGCCAUAUUCCGGAAUAUACCAUCAAACGCCCUUCUCUCUCACUCAGCAAAAACACCUCAUUCUGCAAUCGUUGCCUCUACCGAUUUCUUUAAUUACCUUACCAGAGUCAUCGAGCAUGCUAUUCUGCUGCAGCAGGAAGCAUCAGGUAGAGCACAACACGUCAAUCAUUGGAUCAAAGUUGCUUUUAAAUGCCAUGAGCUUAAGAACUACCAGACCCUAAAGGCCAUCAUUUCUGCACUCGGCACGCCUCCUAUUCAACGCCUCAAGCGCACAUGGGCUUUUGUUCCAAAAAAGAGUCUUUCUCGUCUCGAGACCUUGACUGAACUCAUGUCAGAAGCCAACAACUAUGAACGCUACAGAGAAAAGCUCGGCCCGGCUCAUGAACAGCAGACCUCGUCUUCUACAACCACUACAACCACCUCAUCUGUAUUGUCUUCCAAGAAGGACUGGCUAUCUGAUCCAACAGUCCCAUUUUUGGGAAUUUUUAUCCACGACAUGACCUAUCUUAUCGCCCUUCAAAAAUCAAAAAGAGGUACGGAAGAAACCAAACCAGGACUUGGGCCAUCUUUUAAGCCGCCUAUGUCUCCUCCUCAACAACAGCAGCAGCAACAGCAGCAGCAACAGCAGCAAUAUAAUCGACAAACAAAACCUGCUGUCUUACCAUCCCCGAGUGAUCAGCGCGUUAAUGAACUCAUGGGCAUUUUUGAAUAUUACCAAAAACGACCAUUGUACUCGGCAACUCUUUCACCUGCCUAUGUAAAGGAUCUCCACAAGAGUCGGCGACAUAAGCUGUCUCAUGCACUACGAGGUGGAUCAUCUAUGAAAAAGCACCCCGUAUUCUCAACAGCUGAUGAUGAGGCAGGCGAAGUAUGUAUAGAAAUGCAACAAUGUCUUGUAACACAAUAUUUGUUAACAAGAUCAUGGGUUGGUGAAAAGACUGUAGAUGAGCUCAGUUUACUUCGGGAGCCUCCAAAAACAACACGCAGUAAUUCUACUGUAGAAUGUAUGGGAUCCAUCAAUAGCUCGGUAUCUUUAUUACCAGGUCAAGUCACUAAUUCCUUGUGUCCACCUGGCCCGAGCUGGGUCAACCAAGAAGGACUGCGAAACAGCUCUGGUAGCUUGUCGCUUGGUCAGUCCAGUGGAGAGAGUAGUGGAGAAAGUCGUCCGAUUAGCAUGGAAGAUCAACCGGACGGUAUAGACCCUUAUGAUGUUGCUGGAUCAGCACUAGGUCUUCCAGGAUCAGGUAUCCAAAAACUAGUAGGGCCUUUGGAUGAAGGUCGACAGGACAAAAAGGAGGCAAAAUCAGGUUUUUGGUUAUUCGGGCGAAAGAGCGCUGAACCACUCGUUCCAAAUACCGUUGCACCCAAGAUUUCAGACGCUGGUUCGCUAUAUCUCCAAAUAGGGUCAGAAGGAGGUCUACAGAGAUCCCCGCGUCAUUUCUCGCUGGACGGCCUUGAAGAAACUACGACAGGGCAACCAGCCAGUACCAUAGCGCAGUCGUCCAACACUCUCAAGAAGCGUGACAGACCAAUUGGACCACCUCAUCGAGAAGGUAGCUUUAGCUCUCAACCAUCUUUGGCUACAAUUUUCCGCAAAGAUUUCUGGAAAACUAGCCACACCAAUCUUACCAGACAGUCUUCUGAUGAUAAUGAGACAUCUCAAUCAUCAGACCCACUAUUGCCUCCAGCUGCAGCCAAAAGAUUUGGCACAAUUUCUGGUCAGUCUCAACAACAACCGCACCAGCAACCGCAACAGUCGUACCAGCACCAGCACCAACACCAACCAAGGGCUGGUCAAAGGCAGCGGCCAAUGUGUUCCAAUUCUUACAAGACAUCUUCUGAUGCUCUGGUUGACGAACUUGAAACAAACAAUAAGGCCACUCUAUUCCGCAGACGCUCUUCUAGUUCACUAAAUAAGAGCAAGAAGUCUUCUACGAAAUCAGAGCUCGGAAGGCACACAAUCGGGCGUUCUCCUGUAGCUAAACAACAUCCAGCCCUUCCUGCCUUUCCGUCCUCCCCACACCCUCUUGAAUCUCUCACUGUAGGAAUACCUCCCCUCCCAGUUAACUCGUCGAUUAUGACUGCACCUCAACCACUUGUUUUCAAACGUCCAACAAGAGCAUACGAGCGCCACGCUUCUGAAACUUCCUCUUAUCACCCACUUCACGAAAUACCCGCCACAUUCAAGACCGCCUAG